CAACAUGAAUGAUUUGGUCACCAUAGAUGCGGGAGUCUUUGAACCAUUGACGUCACUUGUUCACGUACUACGGCUAGACAGUAAUCGUCUUGUAGAAAUAAACGAAGACAUGUUCCGAGGACUCGCAAAACUUAGAUUUCUGCGCCUGGCAAAUAACGAGAUUCAAACGCUGAAAUCCAACACAUUCCGGCACCUGAACAGCCUGCUGUCAUUGGAUCUCGUACAUAAUCGUAUUACAUCCAUUGAGCCUGGUGCAUUUGCUGGGCUGGAUAAUCUAAAAGUAUUGCAUAUUUCGGAUAACUUGCUGACGGUUUUUCAACCCAACAUUUUCACUGGAUUGCAUUCAGUGCGUCACCUGGACAUAGGUGACAACCCAUGGACAGUUAUCAAACCUGGGGCAUUCAAUGGUCUAAGGAGUCUGGAAAUACUAGUAUUGAAGCGUCGUUACAAUGAGACAGUCGACUUCAUAGUGGAUAAACACGAACUGGAACAUAUGACAUACCUAACAUCGGUGUUGGUUGACGAUUCCAAAAUGUGUUGCCUCCUUGACACGAAAACCAUCGGAAUCGACAUUUGUGUUCCUGACAAUGAGUUCCAUACGGAGAUACCAUACCUGAGCUGCAACCGGAUUAUGCAUAGCUCCGUAUUACGGGUCUUCGUCUGGUGUCUUGGAUUUAGCGCCCUCGCCGGCAACGCUGGAAUUAUUGUAUGGAGACUAAACAUGAAAGACUCGGGCAAGCGUUCCCAAUCGGUCCUCAUUCUCAAUCUGGCUGUAUCGGAUCUCAUCAUGGGCGUGUACAUGUUGAUAGUCGGUGGAGCUGACGUUCAUUAUCAGGAUGAUUACUUUCUCCAUGCGAACGACUGGAAGUCGAGUCCCAUCUGUAAAUUCGCCGGUUUCCUGUCGAUGCUUAGCUCAGAGGCAUCGGUGUUCUUCAUUACAAUGAUCAGCAUCGAUCGGUUCCUAUGCGUGGUAUUCCCAUUUGGGAAGAAAUGGUUCCGGUUAGAAUCGGCCCGAGUAGCGACGCUCGUCAUGUGGUGUAUAGCCCUAGCCAUAAGCCUACCUCCAGUGUUUCUACAGGAUUUACUCGACGGCAAGAACCAGACAUUCUACGGGCUGUAUGAUAUUUGUGUAGGGCUCCCUCUUGUGAUCAAACCUAGGACAGGUUCAUCAAACAAAACUCUUCUUGAGGUAACACUUUUGAACCAAACCGUCACCCAGAAGGCCGGGCCUUCCUGGAUAUUCUCAGCCACUGUGUACCUAGGGAUUAACUUCGCCUGUUGCCUGGUAGUCAUCUUAUGCUACUCCGCAAUCGCGUUCGUAGUCAUCAUCAAGUUACCAGCGAAGAAGUUACACGCGAGGAAAGACAGAGAGCACCGCAGGAGGGAGAUGACCAUGGCUACGCGCAUGCUCCUUAUAGUCGGUACUGACUUCUGUUGUUGGAUGCCUGUAAUCAUCAUGGGGAUUUUAUCACAGUCUGGUGCCGUAGACAUACCAGACGAGACGUACGCUUGGGUUGUUGUCUUCGUGAUACCGAUCAACUCAGCGAUUAACCCGUACCUCUACACGGUCUCCAACGCGAACUCAGUCACAUUGAAAUGUUGUAAAUGCCGCAAACCUGGCUUGAUUGAUGCAGUCCGUCUGAAACCUAUGAACAGUCAGCACACCAAAGACACACAAUCAAACCGACGGAGUAGAUCAGGAACAAACAAUAAUCUCUGA